CCCAUCUUCCCAAACUCAGCCGCAGCAGCACUCUCUUUCCCAGGCUACAGUCACUCUGUUUCUCAAACAAGUCUUUUGCAACCAACUAUCUUUUAGUUUUGGUAUCCAGAUCAGAAAAUUACAUCUGGGUCUUAAAUCUUCGUAGGACCUAAAAUGGCAGCCACCAAGAUAAGCCUGAAGCUUUUCAUAGAUAAAAAGAGCGAAAUUGUGCUAUUUGCUGAGGCGAGCAAGGAAUUUGUUGAUUUCCUCUUCAACGUUUUCACUCUGCCCUUCGGAAAUAUCACCAGAAUCCUAAAAGACAAAGGCAUGGGUGGCUGCUUGCCAAGCCUCUUCAAUAGCAUUGAAAAUCUCAGCGACGCUUACUUUCUGCCAGACCAACCCAAAGAAUUUGUGUUGAAUCCCGUAGUAGCCGUUCCCGGUCCUAAAGUCCCUCUCCUCCUCCCACAGGUUGAGUCUUAUAAAUCAAGGGAAUCGAGUCGUUUUUGUGGUUCUUGCGGCAACUUUCAGAUCGAGGAAAAGUUAAAUUACAACACCAGACUUUGUGCCUCCUGCAGUACUGCUUCAGUGACGACUCGUUUUCCUGAGGGUUUCGCAAGCCCGGCAUCUUCGAGUGAUGAAGGUUACGUAAAAGGGAUGGUUAUAUACAUGGUGAUGGAUGAUCUGGAGGUGAAGCCAAUGGUCAACAUCUCUUUCGUCACUCUGCUUACCCAAUUUAAUAUUCAGGAUGUAGGGAAUAUUGAGGAGAAAGUUGUCCAAUUAGGCAUUAAUGAGGGAGUGAAAUUGCUUAAGGCUUCUCUCCGUUCAAAGACGGUUUUGACUGAUGUUUUUCUUCGGGCUGAGAACCUUGCAACUGAGGUUUCAAUUAAAGAUGAAGGUGUAUAAGCGGGUCAAUGAAGGCAGUGUAAAUUCGUAUGUUGAAGAUAUUAAUACGAAUUCCACAAAAAAAAAAAAAAAAAAAAAAAAAAUUCUAUUUGAUUCUGAUAAUAAUUCGGUGGGAGCAACUUUUUGACGACAAGUUCUAUCUGCCAUGAUUUCAGUGGUGUUUCUAUCUUCUUCUCAAUCACCUUUUUUUGAUGGUUGAUGAUCUUUCGAGCUAUCAUGCUUCUGCCAAUUUCCUGUUUAGAAUAGGGUUGAUGAUAUUAUAUGGAUGGCUGUUUUGGGAUUAUUUAUAAAUCAAUUUCCUGAUUUAUAUUUAUUGUUUCGGCACUCUUCUUUUACUUCUGAGUUUGUACGUUAUUGAGAAGCCACGUCUUUUAAAUUUUUG